AUGUACUUUGAGGAUGUUGCAGGGCAUGAGGGCGAAGCUGCUUCUGUGAUUGGCAAAUUUGAACGUCUUGAAGAUGGAGCGAUUGUGUUGAAAUUCAAGGACAAAGAGGUUUAUGUCAAGCAUUCUAAUGUGGACUCAUAUAGGUCAGGAUUUGUACUUGUGUGUGGAACUAUAGAAAACGGAAUGUUAAAGGAAAGCAGUGUACAUCCAAUAGGAAGUGAAUUUGAUGCCGAUAUGUACCAUCGGUUUAUCAAUGUUGCAUCAAAGUAUCCAGGAAUGUUCUAA